GGCGAGGAGACGGCGCUGGUCCGCCAUUUCGUGGACGACGGGUGUGGGAGAGCAUCUGUUGGUGCUAGGCGCGAGGGGACCGGGAAGACCCAGCCGAGGGUGUGUGGAUUUGAGCCUACGCGUUUCUAACCCGAGAUCUCGAAAUGCAUCGUGAUUCCUGUCCGUUGGACUGUAAAGUUUAUGUAGGUAAUCUUGGAAACAAUGGUAACAAGACUGAAUUGGAACGAGCUUUUGGCUAUUAUGGACCACUCCGAAGUGUGUGGGUUGCUAGAAACCCUCCCGGCUUCGCUUUUGUUGAAUUUGAAGAUCCCCGAGAUGCAGCCGAUGCUGUCCGAGAGCUAGAUGGGAGAACAUUAUGUGGCUGCCGAGUAAGAGUGGAACUGUCGAAUGGUGAAAAGAGAAGUCGAAAUCGUGGCCCACCUCCUUCUUGGGGUCGUCGCCCUCGAGAUGAUUAUCGGAGGAGGAGUCCUCCACCUCGCCGCAGAUCUCCAAGACGGAGAAGCUUCUCCCGUAGCCGGAGCAGGUCCCUUUCUAGAGAUAGGAGAAGAGAGAGAUCACUGUCCCGGGAGAGAAAUCACAAGCCGUCCCGAUCUUUCUCUAGGUCUCGUAGCCGAUCUAGGUCAAAUGAAAGGAAAUAGAAGACCAGUUUGCAAGAGGAGUGGUGUACAGGAAAUAACUUCAUUUGACAGGAGUAUGUACAGAAAAUUCAAGUUUUGUUUGAGACUUCAUAAGCUUGGUGCAUUUUUAAAAUGUUUUAGCUGUUCACAUUUGUUUGUCUCUUGGAACAGUGACAAAUAAAAGUGUAAUUCUCUAUGGUUUGAAAUGGAUCAUAAGAGGCAUGUAAUAUCAAGAAUUGUUACUUUACAAUGUUCCCUUAAGCAAAAUUGAAUUUGCUUUGAAUUUUUAGUCUUGCAUAGACUGAUAAUAAACCUCUAACUCCUGCCCAGCUAAAGUGUGAUGUUUGAUAUUACGGAAACAAAACUGGCAAAAAUUGAAAAGACUGUAGCUGGGAUAUGGUAUGCAGCUGUAGUUAAGUGGUCUUUAAAAGCUGCUGUGAACACAAGCCAGCAGGUAAAAAUUAAAGCUGCACCCUUAAACUAGAUUAGAGGUUUAAAAAUUCCACUAGUCUUCACACCGGACAAGAGGUUGUCCAGUGGGUUUAGAAUCUUAAGAAGUUUCAAGAAAGUUAGUUUACCUUUGCUUUAGGUCGUAAGUUCCUUCUGUGAUUGUUGUAUAUGGAUGCAUAGCUCUUUGUAAUAUUAUUUGGAAAUUUGGGACUAUUCAAGAUACCCAUGUCCUGCCAGUUUAAGGGUACAUUGUAGAGCUGAACUUUGAGUUACUGUGCAAGAUUUUUUUUUUUCAUGCUGUCAUUUGUAAUAUGUUUUGUGAGAAUCCUUGGGAUUAAAGUUUUGGUUACAAA